AUGAGCGACAGAGCACAAACAAGACCCCGGCCGUCGUGGUCUUCUUCACAGGGCGCCAUCCAAGAAACAGUAUCCCCCCAGCAAUCGAAGGUUGAAGACUUUGAAGAAACAACCAGUCAGCCGCCCAGCGAAGGUGCUUCUCAAUAUCCAACACCGCCUAGUUCGUCAUCCAAACUGGAUCACACCCGCUCAAACGUUCAACGAACUGUCAGCGGGUCCGCCGUUACGCAGCCAGCGCCCAACGACGAUGCAGCCAUAACUAAGCCCACUGGUAACAGGAGCAAGAUGCCAAGGGAAGCUAGGAACAUGAAGAACAGGGGAUCACGUCGACCUGCCAGUAUAUCAUCAUCCGGGCCUGAUCCACACUUUGUCCCCCAUGACACCUUCGCAUCUUCCCCGGAAUCGAACUAUUUCAAGAAUACUCCUAGCGGACGUCAAGCACUGCCUUCGGCAUAUGAUCCAACAACUGUUGCCGUUGCCAACUAUCCUCAAUCUCCUGUUAGUCCUAUGUCAUACACUGCUUGGGGACCAAACCAUACUCCGGCUGGCUAUCCGCCUUCACAAGACCCCUUUUCACCUCAGCAAUCGGGUUUCCCACACCUCGAGCAAUCUUACCAUCCUGGACUUACAUAUUUGAACCAAACGGCCAGCACAUUGGAACCUCCUAUUGUCAAUCAAAAUCCUUCAUACGAUACUUCAUACGACACCUCUUACCCAGAAACCCAGGAUGAAAUGGCUGUGCCUAAUGACAACCUCGCGAUCGAAGCUCUGGAUGGAUACGCAUCUAUCGCAGCCAGGAUCUCCGGCCGAGCUGAGCCACAACUGAUACCCAUAUAUCGGAGAUUCGACUGGCUACUUCACCGCAACCUUUUGCGUUAUCAAGACCAACUCGGGAUGUUGGAGGAAGAACUAAUACGCAUGGAUUCUAUCACUACACGAUUUGGGGCGCAUAUACCUGUAUCUGCUCGGGAAGAACGGAGGCUUGGCCACCAGAUUCAUCAAGAUAGGGUAACUCUUAUGGAAAGAAUAGAUAUCAUUCUUUCCAAGUACAGUGAGUGCAUCAAAGACUCGGGCACGACUUCAUCUAACUGA